UCCACUUCGCUUAACCUGUAAGCUGCUAAGCACGUCAUCCUCAAGCUGACCGCCACGCUUUUCGGCUCUUCCACGGCUCUCCGCUCUACUAAGCAGUUGUAGCAUAUAUAUAAGAAAUCAAAAAAUCUACUGGAAGAAGAAGAAGAAGAAGAAACUGAAGAACACCAGACUCUUCUUCCACGACAUCAAUAAAUUUCUUAUUUCUCCUUCAAUCUUCGCGGCAAUUUAAAAAAAGAAAUGCCUGAAGAUAUAUCCGCUGAACGUCCAUUGUUCGGGGGCGCCAUUUCCAUUGCUUUCCCUCUCCGCUUCCAGGAUGUGAGCAACAUUCGGCAAGUACCUGAUCAUCAGGAGGUAUUUGUGGACCCUGCACGAGAUGAGAGCUUGAUUUUUGAGCUUCUGGACUUUAAGGCUGACGUGGCCGACAAUGGAAGUGCCACGUGGUUCCUACAAGACCUUGCCGCUGAACAAAAUGCGGAGGGAGCUACGGUGAUUGAGCAGUCGGGUGUUUUUCAAGCUGAUGGAUUGCAGUUUGGAGAUAUGCCCACUAUCAUUUCUACUGCUGUUGGCCAAAUGGCCAUUUCUAAGGGAAGGCAAGGCAGGGGAGCCCAAAACUUAGUAAAGGUGUAUUUGGCAAAUUUGCGCCUUAAGGGUGUUGCAACAGAUGUUCUAAUCACAGCCUAUGAGCCUAUAGUUAUAAAUCCCUUGAGUGAAAGUGCUAUAGCUGUUGGGGCCGGUGUUGCUGUUCCUGCUGGACAGUCUGGAUGCAUGCCAAUGAAUGAGGUUUUUCAACUUGCUGCCACAAGUUUUAAGGUGAAUGAUUGGAGCCUCUUUGGUGCUGCUUCUUGAGAAGUUCUUGGAGGGUCUGUGAUAGCUCGAAAGGAAUGUCAUGCAGAUCAGAUUUCCUAAAUUCUAGCCUUUACCGUGAAAUGGGUCAAUUUGCUUUUUUGGCAGUGCAGGAAAUUUGCUUGUGCUCAUCUUUUAUGUCUGGUCUGACCAUUCAAAUACGAGUUCUAGGUGGAUAUUAGUCUUAGUAGGCUUUGUUGUAGUCAGAAAUCAAUUUGGCAGCGAUUGACUAGUUGUUUUACCUUUUGGCAUUGCAGUUUUUAGUGCCCCAUUCA